UCCACUUUUUGGUGAUUGACAAGAUCACCACUUCCCCCUCUCAAUUGCAUUACAAUCUUCUUCUUUCAUUGGAAAGCAACCUCCAAAGCUCCAUAUCCAUGGCUGCCCUAAAACCCUUCAAGGAUCAGAGUAAGUUGAAAGAAGAGGCUGUGGCAGCAGAAGAAUUCACUCUUGAUGGAACAGUUGAUUGGCAUGGCCGCCCUGCAAUUCGAUCAAAAUCUGGAACUUGGGUGGCAGGAAUCAUCAUUCUCUUGAACCAAGGAUUGGCAACUUUGGCAUUCUUUGGAGUUGGAGUAAACUUGGUGUUGUUUCUAACAAGGGUUCUGCAACAAAACAAUGCUGAUGCUGCUAACAAUGUCAGCAAAUGGACUGGAACUGUCUAUAUCUUCUCUCUCGUAGGGGCCUUCCUCAGUGAUUCCUAUUGGGGCAGAUACAAAACUUGUGCCAUAUUUCAGAUCAUUUUUGUCAUCGGCCUGGUUUCAUUAUCACUCUCCUCCCACCUGUUCUUGAUCAGACCCAAAGGCUGCGGCGAUCUGCAAACGCCCUGCGGAACCCAUUCCAAAACCGAAAUUUCCCUUUUCUACCUCUCGAUUUACCUCACAGCUCUCGGCAAUGGCGGCUAUCAGCCCAACAUUGCCACCUUCGGCGCCGACCAAUUCGACGAAGAGGACCCCAAAGAGGGCUACUCCAAGGUCGCCUUCUUCAGCUACUUCUACCUCGCCUUGAACCUCGGCUCCCUCUUCUCCAACACCAUUCUAGGGUUCUUCGAGGACGAGGGCAUGUGGGCUCUCGGAUUCUGGGUCUCCGCCGCCUCCGCCGUCGCCGCCCUCCUCCUGUUCCUCGCCGGAACCUCGCGGUACCGCCAUUUCAAGCCCACCGGAAACCCCCUCACCAGGGUCUGUCAAGUCGUUGUCUCGGCGGCCAAGAAAUGGCGGGUUAGGGUUCCGUCUGGAGGAGAGGGGCUGUUUGAGGAUGAUGGGAAGCGAAGCCCUGACAAUGGCUGCCGGAAGAUUCUCCACACCCAUGGAUUCAAGUUUUUGGAUAAAGCAGCCUACAUCUCCUCAAGGGAUCUAAGUGAUCAAGAGCAAGGAGUGUGCAACCCAUGGCGUAUCUGCCCAAUCACACAAGUAGAAGAAGUAAAAUGCAUUCUAAGACUGCUCCCAAUUUGGCUCUGCACCAUAAUCUACUCAGUAGUCUUCACCCAAAUGGCCUCGCUCUUCGUCGAGCAAGGCGCAGCCAUGAAAACUACCAUCUCGAGCUUCCGCAUCCCACCCGCAAGCAUGUCAAGUUUCGACAUUCUUAGCGUCGCCCUCUUCAUCUUCCUCUACCGUCGUGUCCUCGACCCAUUCGUCGGAAAGCUCAAAAAGUCCAGCUCCAAGGGCCUGACCGAGCUGCAACGGAUGGGAGUGGGGCUGAUCAUAGCCGUGAUGGCAAUGGUCUCAGCAGGAAUCGUGGAGUGCUACCGACUCAAAUACGCCAAAGCCGACUGCACCCACUGCGAAGGCUCAAGCUCCUUGAGCAUCUUUUGGCAAGUUCCACAAUAUGCACUGAUAGGAGCCUCUGAAGUUUUCAUGUAUGUGGGUCAACUAGAAUUCUUCAAUGCACAAGCACCAGAUGGCCUUAAAAGCUUUGGGAGUGCCCUUUGUAUGACCUCAAUCUCUUUAGGGAACUAUGUGAGCAGCUUGUUGGUGACAAUGGUGAUGAAGAUUUCAACAGUGGAUCGCAUGCCUGGUUGGAUCCCAGGUAACCUUAACAAGGGCCAUUUGGACAGGUUUUACUUUCUUCUUGCUGCCUUAACUGUGGUUGAUUUUGUUAUUUACAUUGCCUGUGCUAAGUGGUACAAAUCCAUCAAAUUGGAAGACAAAUAUGAACAAACUGAAGAACCUGAAAGCUUCAAAGUCUGAAAAUGAAGCUAAAGUCGGGUUCGAGUUCGGGUUUGGGGGGGUGUCCUUCCAUUUUUGGCUUAUUCUUCAACUUUACAUAUGUUGUUAAGUGCCUUAAUGGAGACUUGAUGGUGUUGUUGGAAAAUGUUGGCAUAUGAUAGUAAUUUGUUUGCUUCACUACUUGAUGGGUACUUGACUAAUUCUUGUAUAGGAAUAUGAAUAUCAUCAUCAUUUGCUA